AUGCGCUUCGCAGGCGCCAAAGCCAUUGCUGCGCCAAAGUGGUCGCCAGACUCGCCACCCCAUGCAUCCGCAUCCAGUGAUACAUCAUGCAGAUCGAUACUAAACGUUUUCGCCGCGAGCCAUCAUCGGAGAACGGCCGUGUUCAAUGUCAAGAUGCCUUUUGGUGCAAUUCGUGAUGGAUUUCUACCCAGUUCAGCAAGGCUUCAAUCUCCUCGGUAUGCGGCCGUGAAAGAAUACGAUGAGAACGAACGGCAGAGCAGUUUUGAGGAGACCAAUUCGGAUACUUUCGACAGGCCAGGUGCACGAGGGAAUCAAUGGCGAGAUUUGGUGCGCAUGCUGCUCCUCGGCGUUACUGUGUUCAUCACUGCUUUCGCGGGAACUUCGGCCGCGAAUGCCUUUCGCAUCGCUGGAUGCCAAGUUCGGAAAGAGCACCAUUUCCAGAACCAUGCAGCGUCGGCUGCCGUGUCGGUACCAGAGAAAGGCACCAGGAUCCCAUUUCUGGAAAACGUACCCAUGAAACCCUCAAACUUCACUCCAGACGAGCUUCUUGGACUACCAGCCCUUGUCGAGUCCAACAAGGCAUGGGAUGCUCUUAUUGGGCCCUCGAAGGGAUACAUUGAGAUUGCCCACCCCGAACAGUACGGUCUGCCUCCGGGAGUGAGGCAUCCCACAGAUCCAGACAAGAGCGUUUAUGGCUUAGCAAUGACGCAUCAGCUGCAUUGCCUGAUUAGAAUCCGGAAGAUCUACUAUGAUUUCGUGGAUGGACGCCUGACUGCAGAAUCUUUCCACGCUUCGCCCCCGCUUGAGUUGACGGGAAUCCUUAAACUAAACCAUGGCAGUCUCCAUCUGAAUCAUUGCUUCGACUAUCUCCAAGAGGGCAUCAGUGUUGACGACUCGAAGGUUUUCUUGGACGCUUUAGUUAUCGUAGAGAGCGACAUCAAGGACAUCGAAGACCACACAAGUGUUUCCCAAGUCUCAAGAUUGCACGGCCACCUCAUUUAUCAUUCGUAA